GGGCGGGGCGGGGCGGGUCGCGAGGCUCGGCGCGGCGCGCGCGACGGAAGUGGGUCCGACCCGGGCUCGGGAGCCUGUUCCACCCGGCGUGGGGCGGCGACUGCGGCCGCAUUCCCUCGGCUCCCGGCGGCGGCGCCAUGGACGAGGCUGUGGGCGACCUGAAGCAAGCGCUUCCCUGCGUGGUGGAGUCGCCCGCGGUGCAUGUGGAGGUUUUGCAGCGCAGCAGCAGUACUGCAAAAAGAGAAGACAUAAAGCUGAAUGUUCACAAACUGCUCAACAGGCAUAACAUUGUGUUUGGAGAUUACACAUGGACUGAGUUUGAUGAUCCUUUUCUGGCCAGAAAUGUUCAGUCUGUUUCUAUUGUUGACACAGAAUUAAAGGCCAAAGACCCUCAGCCCAUUGAUUUGAGUGCAUGCACCAUCGCCCUUCACAUCUUCCAGUUGAAUGAAGACGGCCCCACCAGUGAAAAUUUGGAAGAAGAAACAGAAAAUAUAAUUGCAGCAAGUCACUGGGUUUUGCCUGCAGCUGAAUUUCAUGGGCUUUGGGACAGCCUCGUGUAUGACGUGGAGGUCAAAUCACAUCUCCUUGACUAUGUGAUGACCGCCUUACUGUUCUCAGACAAGAAUGUGGACAGCAACCUCAUCACCUGGAACCGGGUGGUGCUGCUGCACGGUCCUCCAGGAACUGGAAAAACAUCCCUUUGUAAAGCAUUAGCACAAAAACUGACCAUCAGACUGUCAAGCAGGUACCGGUAUGGCCAGUUGAUUGAAAUAAACAGCCACAGCCUAUUUUCUAAGUGGUUUUCAGAAAGUGGCAAGUUGGUUACUAGGAUGUUCCAGAAGAUUCAGGAUUUGAUUGAUGAUAAGGAAGCUCUGGUGUUUGUGCUGAUCGAUGAGGUGGAGAGUCUCACAGCUGCUCGAAAUGCUUGCAGGGCAGGCGCAGAGCCAUCAGAUGCUAUCCGUGUAGUCAAUGCUGUCUUGACUCAAAUUGAUCAGAUUAAAAGGCAUUCCAAUGUGGUGAUCCUGACCACUUCCAACAUCACUGAGAAGAUUGAUGUGGCUUUUGUGGACAGAGCUGACAUCAAGCAGUACAUUGGGCCCCCUUCUACAGCAGCCAUCUUCAGAAUCUACCUCUCUUGUUUAGAAGAACUGAUGAAGUGCCAGAUCAUAUAUCCUCGUCAGCAGCUGCUGACCCUCCGGGAGCUGGAAAUGAUUGGCUUCAUUGAAAAUAAUGUGUCAAAGUUGAGCCUCCUUUUGAGUGAAAUUUCAAGGAAGAGCGAGGGCCUUAGUGGCCGGGUCCUGAGGAAACUCCCUUUCCUGGCUCAUGCACUCUACAUCCAGGCUCCUAGCGUCACCAUCGAGGUUUUCCUCCAGGCCCUGUCUCUGGCAGUGGACAAGCAGUUUGAGGAGAAAAAGAAGCUUUCAGCUUGUGUUUGAUCCCAGACAUCCAUAUCUGUGGUUUGCAAUGGACAGCUAGUAGGUGACACCACCUACCUCACAGUGUGUAUCAGAAAUUACACUAAACCAUGUAGGUCUGCAAGCCAGAGAGGGGUGGGCAAACUUUGUCAAAAGGGAAACUGUUUUGUGUUAUUUUACAAUGCAUAUUUAAAGGAGCUGCCUGUCCUUUUCACUGUUUUUAAAAGUUCAGAUUCUGUUUGUGUCUAUGCAAAGACCCAUCUAAACAUUGACUCUAGCCUGUCAGAACACAAAAUUUGUUUAGAAUAGAGGGAGAUCAAAACAGCUAUCCCAGAACAAGAGAUGCUAAGUAAGUGCACAGUUACAACACUGAAAGAUAGGUUCUUUGCUCAAGCCAGAAGGGAGCAGUUGCUCUCUGGACUGAGAGCUUCACUUAGCACAGGAUGCUGUGUGAUGGGUGAGAAAGGCAUGUUCCUAUGAUACAGAAAUUGAGAAAAGGUCGUGUUCACAGGAGCAGGGCAUGCUUUGUAUGGGCAGCUGAAGCAGGCACAGUGUGGAAAUUUCUGCUCAGUGUUUUGUUUCUCCAGUAAUGUUCUUCAUAUUUCAAGUGAAAAGACAUGUUGCCAAAUACAGAAUUAGUCAAUAAGUGUUGCACCUCACAGAAUAUCAUGUUUUACUUCAUCUUCUGAUAAAAGUAGUUCAGCAUUGAUGCUCUGUAUAUGAAGCCACUUUUAAAGGGAGUCCUGCCUUUGUUGUGGAAUUUUUUAAAUAUUAAACUUGUUUUCAGAA